AACCAAUCAGAUGAGAGAAAUAUAAUUAUUGUAAAAGUCACACGGUGGCGCUGUAGAAUACGUUUCUGGUAAACCAAAUCGACCGUAAACAAAAGUUUACUUCUGGUGUUUAAAAUAACAUUUGCGCGUCGAUGACAUAUGCAUGUUAUGAGCUAGCUUGACAGUGUUCAACCGACACAAGCCAGAAACUAAGAGCAUAUCAAGUAGAGUGAAUAACGAGCUGAUUUGGUGCCCCAUUUAUUUAUAAAAUAAUAGAACAUGAAGCAAAACACGUUUAAAUAUAAUUAUAUUAUGGGGUGAAAACAACGAAUAAAAAUAAGACACGAGGAUGCAAAUUGUUUCUACGCAACAACGAAAAGGGGAACACGGUCAAAUGUGGUUUCACAAACGCACUUUUGGCUAGCAAAACAACCCCGGAGAGGGCGGUUCAAUGAUUUACGAACGUAUUUGCUAACUUGUCGAGGGUUUGCUGAGGGGCGAAAAGGGGCGCGUCCACGUCCUGGAUGACACGCUCGCCUUCACUGGCGCACAAGAGAAAGGGGAGCGAAGAGGAGGAGGAGGAGCAGGAGGAGGAGGAGGAGGAGGAGGAGGAAGGGGGAAAAAAGUUCAAGUCAAAAAUGGCUUCCUUGUCUCUGGAGCCCACAGAACAAUCCGACAAUAACGCGGAGGAGCCCGCCGCUGCGGAAGACGAGAAAGACGCGGAGCAAGUGGCCGAACGCCUGCUGCAAACUUUCCAGCUGUCCGCGGUGAGUUUUUCCACGGAGCAGGUCUCGUGCCUGUGCGAGGCCCUCCUGCAGGCGGGCAAUGUGGAUCGCCUGUGGAGAUUCCUCUCCACCAUCCAUCCGUCGUCCGAGCUGCUACGUGGCAACGAGACCCUGCUCAAGGCCCAGGCUCUAGUGGCGUUCCACAAGGAGCGCUUCAAGGAGCUCUACGCUUUGCUGGAGAGCCACGACUUCCAGCCGUGCAACCACGUCUUCCUGCAGGACCUCUACCUGAGAGCUCGCUACAAGGAGGCCGAGAGGUCCCGGGGCCGCAGCCUGGGCGCCGUGGACAAGUACCGGCUCAGGAAGAAGUUCCCCCUGCCCAAAACCAUUUGGGACGGCGAGGAGACGGUCUACUGCUUCAAGGAGAAGUCGCGCAACGCCCUCAAGGAGUGCUACAAGAGCAACAGGUACCCCACGCCGGAUGAGAAGAAGAACCUGGCCAAAGUCACCGGGCUGUCCCUCACGCAGGUCAGCAACUGGUUCAAGAACCGCCGGCAGAGGGACAGGACCCCGCCCGGGACGCGCUGCAAAAGUGAGUCUGAUGGAAACCACACCAGUGAGGAUGAGAUGAGCACCAUGGAUGACACCCCGGAUAAAGCGGACGAGGCCGCCGCCUCCAAGGCAUCCAUCAUCUCGCUAUCAGCCGUCAACUGCGCCUCGGGAAGUCAGCUCAUUGUCAACGGCUCGGGCGGCUUCCUCACCGCUUCCCAACCGUUACUGUUCAACGGCAAUUCCCUCAUCUCCGGUACCGGCGCUGGUGUGAUCAUCAAUGGGCUGAGCUUGGGGGACUGCCAGAAAGUUGGGCUGAGUCAGGUGGCCAGCUCGCCUUUGAUUCUGAACGGCGCUCAGGUUCUAGCUAAACAAGAUGGUCCGCAGCAAGCAGUUCCCGUGGCAGACCAGCAGGCUCCUCCCGUGGUCUCAAAGCCGAACAGUCUUCCAGCAGUUGUCCUCAGCACCAACCCAUCACCGGUCUCUAACUCAACAUCAGUCAUCACCCUUCCCAUGCAAGCCAAGAGCCAAAGUAGCAAUGCGAUGGAUUUCAUCACUGUGCCUGAAGAGAUUAUAAAACAAGAAAGUAGCCAGACAUCGUGCGUCUCUUCAUCCUUGUCUCCCUCGCCGCCGACUCUGUCGCCAACAAGCCUUCCUUCCCUGGUCCUGACACAAACUCCCCAGUGUCAAGAGGCCGUCACAAUACCAAGCGCAGCCUUGCCCAUCUCCAGCUCUGCCUUGUCCCUCCCAAGUCAGCAAGGGGACUAUGUCGUCUUUGCCAGUUCGGCCCCUCAAAUUAACCCUCCUAGCACGCUGGUCAACUCCAAUCACUCAACCCCUCAGGUGUUCUCCUUGCCCCAAGUUGUGCCUUCCAUCCAGGGUAUACCAGUAUCCCAGCUGGUUCAACACUCCUCCGUAGCACAGGUGUCCCAAUGUCCUCAGCUAGUCCCGGUUUCCCCUCUCACGUCAUCAACUAUCAACUUCCAAAGCCUUCCGACAAUGAGCAGACAGCCAGAUGCUUCUACACGGUUGGCUGAUAGUGCCACAAAUAUCGUGUCCCUCUCACAGGGACCCGGUACUCCUCUCCCACAGCAAGUGACGCACCAAAUGGGGACCCAAGCUAUCAACAGCUCACCUGCUAAACUCCAGAAACCACAGAUCAUUUCAAUCUCCUCACCAACACGAGUGGUUCCAGUACCUCAGACAAAAACCACCGCAGCAGCUCAGUUAGUCCCUCUCUCUGUGCCCCAACUUGUGCCAGUCUCGUCCAUCCAGACGACCUCUGCCAUCUCGUUCCCCCAGGUGGUUCCCGCCGCUCCCUCUCUUUCCAUGACCACAGCCGGAGUGCCCUUGCAGAUUCUGGCUUCAGCGCCUGGCGGGAUCAAUCAGAGUCCUCUCAGGAUAAACCAAUUGAGACCGAUUCACAGUGUAGGCCCCCCAAGCAGCGUGACACCUGGUAUGCAUCUGGUUAACUCUGGGCUCAUUCAGCUACCUUCUGCACCUCAAGGUAACCUUCUCCUGGGUGGAAGCCCCUACUUGAGUGUCCAGCAAGGGAAGCUGAUUUUGACCAUUCCGGCUGGCUUUCAACUCACCAGUCUGCCUCUGAAACCAGUUCCUGACCCGUCGCCUCAUCCUGCCAAUGGGGUGAGCCUCGGUCUCACCCCUUCAAACGUUUCUGUGACGUCCCAACUUUCGACCACGCCGGACCAGCCCACCAACGUACUCGCGACGCCUCUGCUGAACUUCCUCAAUCUGCCUGCUCCGCACUACACCACGGAGACUGAGAGUGCGACAACCCAGACGCCCCCAGUUUCCUCCCCGACUGCGCUGGACCCGUCAGUCGCCCCCGCCACGCCAAAUGCGCUGUCGCCAGAGAGCAUGCUCACCCUCAGUCCCAUGUAUGGAGGCGGGGUGACGCCCAACCUCCAGUUGUCCCAGCCGGCCUGGAGCCCGCUGCCCCUUUCCGCUUCGGCGGGUCUUACUCUAUUUGAUGGGCGAGGGAAGGGAGACCUACCUGUAGACCCAACAUUGUUGGGUCUACCGGGUGGGGAGUCACUGCUUUUGGGGAGCCCUUCUACAGAGCAGGACACCAGCUCCCCACUAGGGCAUUCGGAAGAAAUAGAUGGAGAUGCUAAGAUUCUAACUCAGCUUCAAUCGGUUCCCGUGGAUGAUGAGCUGGGCUUGUAAGACUACUUUACCUACCACUUCUGGGGAAAAAAAAAAAAAAAAAAAAAGAUCACACCGCCCCGAAAAGAAAGACACAUGCCAUAUGGUGCCUAUUAGUUUUUGUUCAUGACUUGUUCAAUCAAGUACAACCAUCACAGCCUCAGCUGUCACUUAGGGAUGAAUUUUCUGCAGCUUUAAAAGACGACACGGGACAUAUAUCGCCGCAUUUUUGACCGCUUACCGGUUGCCUUUGGCAGACUACACGCUGCACUGGCCGCCCGUCGAUCGCAGGGCACAUAGAGACAGACGACCGUUUACACUAGUCCGUGAACGUCGAGUCAUCCCAUGCUAGCUAUGCCAAAGUCAUUAUGUUGACGGCAGGUUCUGGAGUUUCUGGAGCAGCGCUUUUCAAAGUGUGAUACUCGCCUUGUACAACAUUGACCACCUGCAAUUUACACACUCUUAGGUGACUGCAAGUGUUAAGGUUGUUUUAUGUAAAAAAAAAUAAUAAUAUUUUUUUUAAAAAUUACUGUUUUCCCAGUCAUACUGAAAUUGUAGGUGGCUUCAUACUUUUGAACAUCCAUCUAUCCAAUUUCUUAGCUGCUUAUCCUCACGAGGGUUACAGGAGUCCUGGAGCCAGUACCAGCUGUCAACGGGCAGGAGGCAGGGUACACCCUGAACUGGUUACCAGCCAAUCGCAGGGCACACAGAGACAGACAACAGUCGCACUCACAAUCACACCUAAGGGCAAUUCAGAGUGUCCAAUUAAUGUUGCAUGUCUUGGUGAUGUGGGAGAAAACCCACGUAGGCACGGGGAGAGCAUGCAAACUCCACACAGGCGGGGCUGGGACUGAACCAGGUCCUCAGAACUGUGAGGCCAACGUUUUUACUAGCUGACCCACCGUGCCGCCCACUUUUGAACAUUCAAAGACAAAUAUUUGAAAAAAAAGAAGAUAUUUUCAUUUCAAUAAAUUAUUUGAAGAGGUUUGGGAAUCCUGAUGUCAUAGAAUUUUAUCAAGGAUCAACCGUGAUUCUUUCACCAAAAUGUAAUUUGCAUAAUUAAUAAUAGCAUCUCGCUUUAACAAUACAUUAAUAAACUCUUGAAAAGCGUGCAAAAUUUCACAGCAAAUCAUCUCAACAAAUCCGUGGUUCUGAUAAUAAUCGUAAUAAUUCACGACUGCUCAUUGGCAGCUUUCUGUAAAACUGCAUUUUAGGGCCAUAAUUGGAAAUGAUUGCAAGAAUUGUGGGAAAUGUCAAGUCCCCCCCCCACCCCCAAUCAGUGCUUAAGAUUUCAGAAGAACUAAGUGCGCAUCGCGCUACUUUUUGUAAUACAGUCCUAUCUACCUUUAGCAAAUUCAUCAGAUAAAUCAACGCAAGACAUAUUGUGUAAUUUUAUGUCCAUCAAUGUGAUUCCCCUGAAGUUCUGCGGCAUCUCACAUUUUGAAAACCUGUUCAAAGAAACUGGAUCCAGAUUGUAUGUAUAUUAGACAAUAAGGCGUAAGAAAUGAUUAUGACCUCGUUUUUUUUUCGCAGAUGGUGUGAAUGUUUUGCUCCACUGGCACUGCGGACGUGUGCGUGGCUUUUAUUGGCAGUGCGGUCAAAGUUAGUUUUGGAGGCAACGGGAAAAUAUCUGCUAGACCAUCUGGGAAAGGCACAGGUCUCGAAAUAGUUGAGUGUUGGCUGACAUGUCCAAAAAUAUAUAUAUUUUUUUUAACCCCCCAUAUUGUUUGUUGUUCUACUAACAAGCGGUCCACAUUUAUGUGAAACACUAUUUUGACUCAUGAAAUCUUCUAAGGACGUCUAGUCAUACUUUACGAGUUGCCUUUACCACUUCAACGAGACAACUGCCCUCCAUUUUGAACAAUAUUAACUAUGCAAUAUUAACGUUUUUAGGACACUAAAAAGUCUCAAGUUGGUAAACACUUGGGAGCACAAUGAAAGCUUUACAUUUCUGAACUUGACAUCAUGAUGCUGCAUGAUAGUAAAAGACAAGAAUAAGUGCCUUAUAUUAAAGCUUACAUUUUGAAUAAAAAUGUUUUGACGUGUCUACAUCUGAACGGGACUCGUUUAGAAUACACUCGUUCAUCUAUAGUUUUCCAUUUCUGUUAAAAAAAAUUGUUUUGCUUUGAGUUUUCUUUGUAUAUUUUGCACAUUUCACCCAUACGAUGUUUACACCGUGUUGCUAUGGCGGUGUUGGGACUCGUGAUCAAUUUGGACUUCGUAAUUGCAGAAAAGCUUCGCUCUUUGCUUUUAAUUCUAGUCUGAAAUGGUCAUGUGACCCUUCCACAGUCAGCGGUGAAACCAGUUUUGGCCAUUUAUGGUACACAAAAAAACAAAACUGUGUGUUGUGUUAUGUUACAUUAACAGCUUUUUUUUGUUGUUGUUGUCAUGGCCACAUACAAAUACAUAUAAAAGGUGUAUCCUUGCUCAAAUGGCAUAUUUUUGUGAUUAUAAAAAGUUAGACAAAAAUAAAUUCCACCAUUAAUGUGACCUAUAAUCUUUACUAUUGUGGAAAAAAAUAUUUUAGAGGGAGGUAAAAAUGAAUUUUAAUGUGGUUGCACAAGUCUAGAGGCUCUUAUAAUUGGGAUGUGGCUGUUCAGAAUUUUCUAAUCGCAGUCAAACUUAAUACAUUGGAGUCGACACACAUCUGCCGCCAUUUAAGAUGCCUCUGAAUAAACUCAAAUACACUUCAGAUGUUGCGGUAACUUUUCCUGAUUUUAUUUCCUUGAAACAGAAGCCAAAAGAUUUUGCACCAACACUGACAGUUAUUUUAAACUGUUGAUUUCCGUCAGUUCUAGCUGGGGGGGAAAACCCCAAAGCAUGAAAAUGCCAGCACUGUGCUUAGCUGUUAAGUUUGCUGAUCCUUUUUACUGUUGUUUGCUCAAAACAUACAGUACCUUGGUUCCACUGGACCAUAAUACAUUUUCUAGCAUGCAUUUGGGAGAUUUUGUCACCUAAAGAAUGCCAUACUUCCAGUACACCAUGGGGGGGGGGGGGGGGGGGCAGUAUCAUGGUUUAGGGCUGUUUCGCGUCACCUUGACUUGGGGCCUGACACAAAGAGGAUCUAAUUAUGAUCAGUUCCAAGUAGCAGUCAGUGUAAGCACACAAGCUUCAGGCUUCUACUGAAAAGCUAAAAUAAAUAAAUGGCAGGAAAAGGCUACUAGCUCUUUUGAUCUUUUGAAGUUCAUCAAAGGCACCUGAAAUGGUGGAAUGUUUGCCCUGAAUUCCAGUAAACUAAUAUGGAACAGAUUUGGAAAUCGGAGUUACAAGAAGGUGUGUGCACUUGUGCAAUCACAUUGCUUUAGUUAAUUUUUUAAAGUUGUAGCGUUUGCAGGCCACAUUAAUGGUGGAAGAAGUAUUGAAAUGAUUUAUCAUACACACAUUUGUACGGGAGUGUCUAGACUUUUUAUUGCCAUCGUAGGAUGGUUUUUUGUACAUUUAAUCCAAAACUUGUGUAUCCAUCAGGGUUUUGAGUUAUAUCCAAAAAAGGCUCCUUUCUGAGAAAAUGUUCAUUUUCAUCAGUUGUUCAAAUGAAUGGCCAACAUUGUAAGUGGUCACUCAUUGGAUCAAAUGUUAAAACUAAAUGGUAACAAUGCAUGGAAAAAAAAAAGUUAAAGCAUUUAAAGAACAGGGAUAAAGGGAAAUAUGAAUUUGUAUGUGAAAUAUGUUUGUGUAGAGUACAAGCCAUUUCUUACCCAAACCACAACACAACAGCCUGUGUGGCCUAAUGCACAAUUGUUUGGUUGUCAUCCGAUUUCCACAUUUCUACCAGACAGACACACACAAAGAACUCCAGCAUUCACCAAAGAUAACGUAUUGACUAUUUGAUAGUGUUGAAAAAGGGAUCACUUCCGUCAUGUUUUCUCUGUUUUGUAUUAAAUGCAUUCUAUUUUUUAUAUUUACACUAUGAUGUAAUAAAGAACAUUUAUAUAACCUGCAGUGUGAUACUCUUCCUUGAUUUAGCCGUUCGACAUCUGUUAGUACAAAUUCCCAACCACUGUAAUUGUACACACAGCACACACAAUGUUAAUAACCAAUUACAGUUAUUUUACUAUUCAAGUAGAAUCUCCGUUAGUAAGAAGUUUAGCCAGGUGUUCUGCCACUUUGAGAAACCGUGACCGUUAACUCUACCGUCCAUGCAGUCCUUUCUUAUAUGGAUGGAUGAGGGUCACAUUGAAAGAGUCCUGUGAAGUUGCCCUGCAGAUGAAGUCAAGUUUAUUUCUGAACAUCACUUUGUUGACGUUCAAUAAUGGCUCAAACAUACAUUCAUUACAAAACAUACUGUAGCAGACUAGUAGCACAGACCAGUUAUUUGAACUGAUGCAUUUGCAGUUUUUGGAAGCAUGUCAGCUUUUCUGUCCCUGAACCUGCAGUUCAUUCAGUCCAGUGCAGCUUCCGGAUCGACUAUCCCUGCCUAUGCGUGAAUGGCUGCUCUAGAAGUUCAGUUUUCAUGAACGGUGGUGGUAGCAGCCCUUGCACUCCAUGAUUUGUCAAGAAGAGCUCAUGUUUUGAAAAACUUACAGUGAAGAAAAUAAGUAUUUGAACACCCUGCUUUUUUUUUUUUUGCAAGUUCUCCCACUUAGAAAUCAUGGAAGGGGUCUAAAAUGUUCAUCGUAGGUGGAUGUCCACGGUGAGAGAGAUAAUCUAAAAAGAAAAAUCCAUAAAUCACAAUGUAUGAUUUUUUUUAACGAUUUGUGUGAUACAGCUGCAAAUAAGUAUUUGAACACCUGAGAAAACUAAUGUUAAUAUUUGGUAUCGUAGCCUUUGUUUGCAAUUACAGAGGUCAAAAUUUUCCUGUAGUUAUUCACCAGGAUUUUGGCCCACUCCUCCACACAGAUCUUCUCUAGAUCAGUUACAGCUCCCUCCAAAGAUUUUCUAUUGGGUUUAGGUCUGGAGACUGGCUAGGCCAUGCCAGAACCUUGAUAUGCUUCUUACGGAGCCACACCUUAGUUUUCCUGGCUGUGUGCUUGGGGUCGUUGUCAUAUUGAAAGACCCAGCCACGACCCAUCUUCAAUGCUCUGGCUGUGGGAAAGAGGUUGUUCCCCAAAAUCUCACAAUACAUGGCUGCUGUCAUCCUGUCCCAUGUGGAGAAAAACACCCCCUAAGCAUGAUGCUGCCACCCCCACGCUUCACAGUAGGGAUGGUGUCCUUGGGACGGAACUCAUCAUUCGUCUUCCUCCAAACACGGUUAGUGGAAUUAUGACCAAAAAGUUCCAUUUAUGUCUCAUCUGACCACAAAACUUUCUCUCAUGACUCCUCUGUAUCCUCCAAAUGGUCAUUGGCAAACUUUAAGACGGGCCAUGAAAUGUGCUGGUUUAAGCAGGGGAACCUUCCGUGCCAUGCAUGAUUUCAAACCAUGACGUCUUUCAGGAUAAACACAUGGAGUGGAGGUGGACCUUUAAAGGCGGACUAACAGGUCUUUGAGGGUCAGAAUUCUAGCUGAUAGACAGGUGUUCUAAUACUUAUUUGCAGCUGUAUCACACAAAUAAAUCAUUUAAAAAAAUAAAUCAUACAUUGUGGUUUCUGGAUUUUUCUUUUUAGAUUAUCUCUCUCAGAGUGGACAUGCACCUACGAUGAAAAUUUCAGACCCCUCCAUAAUUUCUAAGUGGGAGAACUUGCAAUAGAGCAGGGUGUUCAAAUACUUAUUUUCUUCACUGUAUCAUGGAAAGUUAGAUUAAGAUACGUGUUAGAGCAAAGUGACGGCCCUUAAGCUUCUUAAACUGACAUUGAACUGCAGUUGAGGACAGAAAAACAUCUUGCCAGUUGUAAACUUUGCAAGACUGCUCAAAUGUCCCCUCCUGAAAGCCAUUACCUUAUCGUCGUGGAGGGUUUUGUUUGUCCCAAUGAUCCUAGGAGCUAAAUUGUCUGGGGCUAGACGACCUUGGUAGGGUCACUCAUGUCAAACAGGUUCCACGGCUCCAAAGACCCCAACGAUGAGAAGACCUUUUCCCUUGCCCAGAGGAGGGUCACGACCCACAGCUUGUGACCGAGACAGCAAGAUCCCUGAUACAAGAGGCCGAAAUGUGUUUCCUCUGCAGGGCAUCCAGAUUCUUCCUUAGAGAGAGGGUGAGAGGUUUGGUCAUCCAGAAGAAGCUCAGUCGAGCCACUGCUCCUCUGCAAUGAGAGAACUCCGAUGAGGUGGCUGGGGCAUCUAAUCCGGAUGCCUCCCGUAUGUCUCCCUGGUAAAGUGUUCCGGACAUGUCCCACCGGGAGGAGACCCUAUGGACGUCCCAGAACACGCAGAAGACACUAUGUCUCUUGGCUGGCCUGGGAAUGUCUUGGGAUUCCCCUUGAAGAGCUGAAGGGAGUAGCUGGGGAGAGGGAAGUGUGGGCAUUUCCUGUCAAGCUACAGCCCCCGUGACCUGACCUUGGAUAAGCGGUAGAAACUGGACAGAUGGAUGAUCCAAUGUCAAUUGGGGAAUGGAAUAUGCAUUCAAAAACUGCAAAGCUUAAGCUGACAAAUGCUUCCGGUUUUACAUCUGCUGGAAUGAUAUAGUGCCAAGUAUUUGACCCCUUCUGGUUUGCCCACUCGGUUUAGGAUCUGUAUAAUAAUGCUGUAAUCAAAAUUAUUCACAUAUUUAAAAAACCAUAAUGUUUCACUGUGUAGCGCAUUCCUGCAAAAUAAGUUUGAAUUUAACAACCUAACAAAAUGAAGCCUUUGACAGUACCCUGUAUUCUAAAUUACUGAGAUUUACCUGUUCCCCAAACUCUUUGACCUCCAAUUCAAAAUGAUUAAUG